AUGAGGUUUACCAAUGACGGGGAAGUCUCUUACUCAAAUUUAUUAGAGUAUUUCACAGAUUUAACGGAAAAAGGGUUCUCAACAGAAAACAAAUCUCCAUGUGAUAUCGGAUCAGUCAUUUCCUUAUUCAUUUCUUUCAUACCAUUCGACUUUCUCGAGAAAAUCGCAGUAAAUAUCGUUAAUUUGGAUAAUAAUGCGAUGGGAAUCAGAAUUGCAGUUAGUUACCCCAUCCCACUUGACUUAGAUACACUCAAAAUGAUGGUAGAAUCCUUAAUACGUUCAAAAACUCAAGUAACAGUUCAACAACCUCCAAUUGACGCAAAUUCUUUACCUUUAAUGAAGAUCUACUCGAACAACGAAGAGAUUACAGUCUGUUACAACAGGGAUACCAAUGCAAUAUCGAUGCUACAAGCUAAAACCCUUGAUUAUCCUCAUUUUAUGGUUGAAUUUGCAAUUUCAGGUUCAAUCGAGAGUAAUUACAAGAAUAUCAUUGAAGGAAUGAUCUUCUCAUUACCAUUCAAGCCAAGAUUGACCGCAAUUAUCAGUGCUGGCUCAGAUUUAUUAUUAUUCCGAAGAAUUGCAUCACAAAAACCAGACAUCCUUGAAAGUCUUGAAGAGAAAACACUUCAGAUCACGGAGUACUUCGAUUGGUUCUCAAUCCAGUCGUAUUAUUACGGUGUUUCAUCACUAAAUGAACUGAACAUCUCAAAUUUUGCUCAAUUGGUCGUUUCACCGACCAAAGAUGACUCCUCCUGUCUUUAUUUGGCUGUUUACGUAAACGGGACAAAGAUUAAGUCUGAAGACCCUUUCGUAAUAGCAAUGCUGAACGAAAUAGAUGUUCCUUUCCAGAUAACACCUGUAAGUGGUGGAAAAGAAGACUUUUGGUGCAUUUCUAACUUAGUUGGUCUUGAUUUGGUAGAUUUCUACUGUUUCUUGAACGUUUCGAGGUUGGACAUACUGGAUCCAGCAGUGAAAUGCGUGGAAAGCGCCUUCAAGAAGCUUUUCGAAGACAAGAAAAGAUAUGAUAAGAAAAUUCCUGAAAUUAAAAUAGCAAACAAUGCGUACAAGGUCAUACAAUCAAUACAAGAUAGCAUGGAUAGAGUUCUUGGAUAUGAAAUGACUCAUCCUUUCGUUUGGGACUCGUUUUCCAAAGUAUUGAACAAAAAGAUCAAGAAAUUGAUCAAAAAAGAAAAGAAAACCGCAAAUGAAUAA